AUGGUUGGACUGAACGGGAGCAAGACAGAGGCAACCCAUUAUGCCCUUAAUAUGCCUUUUCUGGGUCCCUUCGAUCUAAAUAUAUUCUGGUCUAGUGAUCGAUCUUCUUGGAGAGAUGGGGAUAAGUUAUUUUUGCCCGAUGCAACAGUUCGUAUCGAUCGAGUAUGGAGUUUCUCUGAACUUGAUAAUUAUGUACACAGGCUGUUGGAAUCUAAGAACCCAAAAAUACUUCCUCUGCAAUAUGUUUUAGUCUGCACAGAUGGGUACGGCAGAAGGGGGCAAGCGCCCAUAAGAGACGACGAGUCAAUGUCAUGGAUUUACCGAGGUGCCCAUUUGCGUCCAACAUUGUACGUAGAGGUUGCAGAUGAACCUGUUGAAGAUGUUGGGGAAGGAACUAGUGGUGGUCAGUAUGAUGGUGCAAGGACUAGUGGUGUUGGUGGUACAGAUGAAGAUGGCGAUGACACAGAAGAUGACGUAUAG